AUGGUCUUUGUGUCCUCGAAGGAACAAAUCAAGGAGCUGGACAGUGCUCCGGACGCUGUACUGUCCCUGAACGGUGCCGCGAAACAUAUGCUCCAACCACUCUAUACUAUGAACGGUUUCAACUGGUUUGACCGGCGUGGAGUUGAAGGUGUUGGCUUUGUGCGAACGCUGCGAACGCUGCUGACCAACAAUCUCCCCCAACUACUCCCCGAUCUGCGAGUGCUCACUCGCACAAGAUGGGCACAGUUGCUCUCAGGAAAACAACCAGUCAACGAUGAUGGCACGAUUAUAUCUUCUUUGUACCCCAUGAUGAUGAAUCUGGCAGUGCUCCUGAACGCGCGAUCUCUUUUUGGUGAAGACCUGAUCAAAGAUGACAAGUUCAUGACAUCGGCCCUUGGAUACGUCGAAGAGACUCUGCUCAAUGCGGAAAUCGUCAAAUUACUACCGAAAUGCCUUGCUCCGUAUGUUGGUGGUACUCUGAGUCGCUGCCUGAACUCCCACAAGACCUUCUUCACGAGCUUGAUCCCAGCGACAGAGCAAAGAAUCAAAGAAAAUGAACUGAAGCAACUUGGCCGUACCUUUCCAAAACGUGCCGACUGUAUCCAGUGGAUCAUCGAGACGGCGCCAAAGCAGGACCCCUGGUCAGCAGAGCGCGUCAUCUACGAGCUGAUGGCUAUUUGGUUUGGAAGCACCAUUGUCUAUGUCAUCCACGACCUAUGUCUGCAUCCUGAGUACAUAGAGCCGCUUCGAAAUGAGCUCAAAGCAUCCUAUUCCGAGUUCGAACGCACCGGUCGUGGUCUCCCGCUACUAGACAGUUUCAUAAAGGAGUCUGCUCGUCUCACUCCCGUGGAAUCCAUGAGCGUUCGUCGAUGUGCGCUACAGCCUUUCACUCUUGGCGAUGGCACACGGCUGGCCGUUGGAGACUGGGCGUGUGCGCCCUCGGGCGCCAUCAACACCAACCCAGAGUACUACCCAUCCCCAAACUCCUUCUCAGGAUUCCGAUUCGUUGAUCCUGCGCUGCUUCCCACGAGCGGCGAUAGCGAAAAGCCGGCACCGGUGUCAUCUGCACCGGGAGUCCAGCAGCCCAAGCCCUCGAUGCUCACAGAUGUCGACCACACGUGGCUGAUGUGGGGCACAGGGCGCAUGGCUUGCCCGGGAAGAUACUACGCGUCUGCCUUUAUGAAGGUUGUCGUGGCGCAACUCCUACUCAACUAUGACUUCGCAUUAGUCGAGCCCGAAGCACCCCGGUUGAUUUCGUGGCGAGUGGCAAGGAUUCCGAGACCUUGGACGAAAUUGACAUUUACACCACUGAAAGAACAGCGCUGA